AUGAAUUCCUCAGGUGCUACCGGAGGACCGUCGCAGGCCCAGCCACGUUCACGCAAGCGCCCUCGCACAACCCGCGUCUCUGAGGCUGGGAAUGCGGCGGCUCAGAGCCAGAUGACCCCGGUCGCUCAGGCGGCCCAAGGCUGGGGCCCCGCCACCGUUGCUAACGUCAAUGUCAACAGCCACCAUCAGACCGUGCGUGCGCCCGUCGACACCGUGUCGGGCCAGCAACAACACUCUUUUCCGUCGCAGCAACUCGAUAGAUCGCACCAGGUCGCCGAGGCCGACGGAUUGAUGAACGGCUAUACAGCCGGCCCGCCGCAUACCCAAUACCCUGAUCCUCAAUCAACCCUUGCGCCAGCUCCGCAACCCGACACGUCGGGGUUGACCAGUCUGAGCGCCCUUGCCGGAGACCACCAACACGUGCACACCCAGCACCAUCACCAACCCCAUCCGCAGCAGUUCCAACAGCAGCAGCUUCAACAGCAGCAACAGCAACGCGGUGCAGCGAACAAGCCGGACCGCAUCAUCUUCCAGCCCCAAUACGGAGCUCCACAUCAAACCACCACCUCGCCGACCUCCGUUGCGAACCCAACCUCUGCCGCGACUGGCUACACCCUCCAGCAGUGGACAGUUCCCGACGCGGCUCCAGCACCUCAGCAGCCGCAGCAAAAUCAGCAGCAGCCGCAACCGCCGGCACCCGCGCCUUCGUCUUCCUCAAUGCCCCCGCAGUCGCCCGCGCUGGGCACCGCUGCAGGCCUGGCGCCGCCGCCCGAAGGCAUCUACCGCACAUUCGACGACCUUCUCUCGUCCGUGCAGCGAACCGCCAAAGAACAGGGCUACAGCAUUGUCAAGCUGCGCGCAAGCAAUUACCGCGACGGCAAGCCGACGCGCUACGAUCUGGUCUGCGAUCGCGGCGGCGUCAAGUACAGCAGCACGGCCAAGAAGCGCAACCCCAGCACGCGCAAGGUCGACUGCCCGUGGCGCGCAAAGGCCGUCUGCGAAGUCAACCUCGGCAACCAAUGGCGCUUUGCCGUGCAAGAGGCCCGGCACAACCACGAGGCGCGCGUCCCCGCCGCCGUGCCGGGGCAGGAAAACACUCCCGUCGCGCAAAGCCUAAGGAGUCUGACCAACAAGGUCGAUCGCAUGGCCCACGACGUGGCGCAGGGCUUCAGCCGGCUGGAAGGCGCGCUCAUGGCACGUCUCGACAAUAUUGAGAAGCGCCUCGAGGCCCUCGAGGGCGGCAGUCGGACAGCUGCCAUGCUUGGCGGCAAUGGUGUGCCUCAGAUGGGCGCGAGCAUGCCGCCUGCGAAUAUGGGCGGCGGCGGCCUCGGGAACGGCUCGCUGGCCAACGGGGGCAUGCAGCCUCUCGUUGAUGGCCGGCUGGGCGGCGUCGAAAGCCGGCUCAGCCAGAUGGAGCCGCGCAGCUUAGACGGCUUGCAGAUGAUGGAUGACGAUACGAGGGGCUUGUCGAUGAUGGUCAACUCGUAA